CUUUGAACUCGGUACCUGCUGCCAACACAUUAUCGUUCGUUGUGUAUGUUCUGUUAAAGUUGAAUGUUGUGCAUCAUUGCAGGUUUGCGGCGCGAAAUAUAAUUUUGUCAAAACGAAAUAUUAAUAACUAAUAGGAAAUGUUUAAGUGACCAACAUAAACAUACAGUAUUCUAUUAGCAUAUAAACUUUUAAUAGGCACGUCAAGCCGAAGUUUUUAGUAACUUUCUGAAUUUGUGUAAUGUUUAAAGUGAAGUGUUCGAUUUGCACGUGAACUGAAAACACUGGAUUCGUAAUAAACUUGAAUAGAAAAAAUUUAAAAGUAGUGCAAAAACGAAGAUUUCAAGAUGAGUUUCAAUAAGAAUAACCCCAAUCCCUACCAGCAAAUAAUGGGAUACAUAAAGCAGAUUUCCACUGAAAUGGGUGGAAGUGAGCAAAAUCGGCGGGGGCAAGGCGACGAGGAACGAUUGUAUCGUUCCCGUGGCCCUAAAUACGCAAGAGUACCAUCACGCCCAACGCUUUCUGCUUCCACUACUAGUACUUCACUUGCAACCUCAUGUGGCUCGCAAGGAACGCUCGCUCCGAACUACGCAACAAUUCCUGAGAAUACUACAGAAAGUAGUAGCGAAGAAGAAGAUUCCUUUGAGGCUACUCGUCGUCACUUUCAACAAUUACGACAAAUCAGCUUAGGAAACGAGUUUAAAUAUAAAAUGGAAAUGGAAAUUAAGGACGAAAAUUUAAGAAAUUCUAUCCCAUAUGUGAAGCAGCUUAGCAUAAACAGCAAUAAAGUUAAAAAUGAUCAUACUAUCAAUGGGGAUGAUGUGUCUCGACCUACAACAAAGCGAUUAUUUCUUUGGACACAGGUAAGCAUUUCAUCUCUUUUUUCCCUUUUUUCUUUGAUAGUUGGGUUCUCAUCCGGUUACACUUCUCCUGCACUUACGAACAUUAACGGAACAUUUAACAUAACAAUUGAGGAGAAAAGCUGGGUAGGUGGAUUAAUGCCACUAGCUGCUUUAGUAGGCGGCAUAUCAGGAGGUCCACUCAUUGAAUACCUAGGAAGACGUAUGGUAAUAACAGGUACUGCUAUACCAUUCUUCAUCGGUUGGAUGCUGAUCGCUAACGCAUAUACUGUCUCUAUGGUGCUCGUUGGUCGAGCACUGGGCGGCAUCUGCGUGGGAAUAGUAUCUCUUGCAUUUCCUGUAUAUCUUGGAGAGGUGUUGCAACCUGAAGUUAGAGGAGCACUAGGAUUACUGCCCACAGCUUUCGGUAACACAGGAAUUUUGUUGGCAUACAUCGUUGGCAGCUACUUAGACUGGUCAAAUUUGGCAUUCUUUGGCGCAGCGCUACCUAUUCCAUUUUUCUUGCUAAUGCUCUUGACCCCAGAGACACCAUGUUGGUAUGUUACGAAAGGACGCGUAGAAGACGCGCGUAAGACUCUUCAAUGGUUAAGGGGUAAAAAUACAAAUAUUGACAAAGAAAUGCGAGAUCUUACACGACUUCAAGCAGAUUCGAAUCUUGUACGGGGUAACGUAUUCGGACAGCUUUUUAACAAAAGAUUUAUACCCGCUGUCCUAAUAUCGCUGGGAUUGAUGGUUUUUCAACAAUUUAGUGGGAUUAACGCAGUCAUAUUUUAUGCUGAAACCAUUUUCCAAAUGUCUGGAAGCAGUAUUGAUAAGAACUUAUCAAGUAUCAUCAUUGGCCUCGUAAACUUCAUAUCAACGUUUAUAGCAACAGCUCUUAUAGAUCGACUGGGAAGAAAAAUUUUAUUAUAUAUUUCAUCAAUAUCAAUGAUUAUAACUUUAAUAACAUUAGGAUCUUAUUGUUAUGUCAAGGUUACUGGAGUAGAUGUUACAGCAUAUGGGUGGUUGCCACUAGCCUGCCUUGUUAUAUACGUGCUAGGCUUUUCAAUUGGUUUUGGUCCAAUUCCAUGGCUCAUGCUAGGCGAAAUUUUACCGUCGAAAAUACGUAGUACUGCUGCAGCUCUGGCAACUGGUUUAAAUUGGACAUGUGCCUUUAUUGUCACUAAAACCUUUCACAGUAUUAGCCAAGCUAUUGACAUGCAUGGCACCCUGUGGAUGUUUGCUGUCAUAUGUUUAAUAGGUCUAUUUUUCGUUAUAUUCUUUGUACCCGAAACACGUGGUAAAAGUUUGGAGGAAAUUGAAUUAAAACUUACAGGCGGUGGUAGGAGAAUACGAAAUAUAAGUACUGUAAAAUCAGGUCAAAAUGGCUGUUAACUUUCAAUAUUAUUUAAUAAAUAUAUUGAUUGUGGAUACUGUAAUUGUAAUAGUCUGUAUAUAAUAUUAUCAAUGAUGACAUUGGGCCAGUUCUCUUUAUAUGGAUGGUAUGAUAUUAUCAUAUUAUAUGCAUUUUGUGAUCGGUGAUGUAGUAAUGGGUACUGCUAGUAUGUAAAUACAUAUAAUGCACAUUCCAGAAUGAAGAGGCUGCGUAAAAGCUGUGCUGUUUUAGUCUUAUAAGAGUGAAUCGCAAUUAGGUAAAACACUGCCGGCCAGUGUUUACAUAAUAAAGACUGAUAUGGAUUGAAUGAAUUCUCUAGUUGUAAAUAUAGUGUAUAGAAAUAUAGGUAUUUAACGUUGUAAAAUAUGAUAAAUAAUGGUUCCUUCAAAUAUAUUCAUAUUUUUUUAAAUAUUUUCUUUAGUAGUAUGGUUAUGGCCACAAAAAUGAGGCAAAUUCAAACAAUACAAAAGUACAGAAUAUUGCACCAAAGUAAUAUAUUGUGAUCAUUUCAUGUGGCCAUUUUCAUCUGUUUGGACGGACUUUUACUGCGGGA